UUUUCGAAGAUAGGUGGUCCAAAAUCUAAUAAAUACAAUUUAUAUAAUACUGGCAAUAAUAAUUAUUAUAUCGUCUUGUAGUUAUUUCUGUGUUUAAUUUAAUCGUAAAAGAAGUAAAAACGUAGUGAGAAAAUUGUUUUUAAAGUUAUAGGUCAAGAAACUGAUGAAAUUGAAUGCGAUCUGAUGAAGUCAGCGGAUCGAGCAUGUUUUUCAAUGUUUUAAUAUUUCUGAUUAUUUGGAACGUUAAAGUGACACAUCAAGAUGUAAAUCAGACUUUAGAUCUACCUGUGAUCAGAGAGUUUAUUGUAAAGACGUUUGUAGCAAAUCAUUUUGCAAAAACAACUGUUCUUAGUGAGGUAGAAAAUGAUGACACAUAUCCCAAACAAACAACUUUCUCUGUGGUAUUUCCGGAAGGAGCAUUUAUAUCUGAUUUUUCCAUUAAAGUUGGUGGAAAAAUAUAUAAUGCUCUGGUUAAAAGUGCUGAAGAAAUUGGAAAAACAUAUGACCAGCCUGUCGAAAGCAACCAAAGUGCAGGAUACGUAGCUGCUAGAAAUUCUAAUAGGUUUACUAUAAAUGUUGACAUUGAACCAAAAAGCAAAGUCAACUUUAAUUUAACUUACGAAGAACUGCUGCAAAGAGAAAAGGGACAGUACGAAAUAAUUACCAAUAUACAGCCUGGACAGAUAGUUAUGAAGUUAGCAGUAGAGGUAGAGAUACAGGAAAAUAGACCCCUUCUUUUUGUUAGAACACCUCAUUUACGAUCGGGUAAUAAUGCAUUAACGCAAGACAACAGUCAGUUAGAUACAUAUGCUACGGUGAAAGUUUCAAACACAUCAGCCACAAUAACAUUUGAACCAGAUUUGCAACGUCAGUUACAGUUUGUUUGUGCGGGUCUAGGAAGUAGAGAGUAUGAAGGAUUUGCUGGCCAGUUUGUUGUUCAAUACGACAUCGAACGUGACGAUCAGGGGGGUGAGACACUCUUUCAAGAAGAAUAUGUUAUCAGUAAUUUUGCUCCAUCAGGUAUGAAGCCUUUACUUAAGCAUAUUGUCUUUGUCUUGGACACAAGUGGGAGUAUGAGAGGCACACAUAUUGCUCAGUUAAAAGAAGGAAUAAUAAGUAUAUUACCACAACUAUAUUCAGAAGAUUUGUUCAGUAUCGUGCAGUACUGUGAAACAGUUUAUUUGUGGGAUUUAAAUUUGGAACAUCAUGGCGUUAUCCCGUUGUUUCCAGAAUACGGAAAUUUAGCAAAUCGACUAAAGGAAAUUGAAAUUCCAGACGCAAUUUUGGCGACGUCAGAAAACAUUGACAUUGCAAAAAGAAUAAUUAAUAGCUUUAAUGCUGAUGGUGGCACAAAUACUAUUGGAGCUUUAGAAGUGGGGUUGUAUCUAGUACGACUUGUGCAAGAAAAGCAUCAAGGAGUAUACCAACCUAUAUUAAUAUUUUUGACCGACGGAUUACCUAGUGUGGGUGUUGAAAAUUCUUCUGAAAUAAUUUCAAUGGUAUUAGAUAUAAAUUCUAAGGAAUAUAACACCCCAAUAUACUCGUUGUGUUUUGGCGUCAAUGCUGAUUGGAAUUUUUUACAAGAACUAUCCUUGGUAACGAAAGCAAAAGCAACACGUAUUUACGUAAAUGAUGAUGGGACAGAAUCGGAUGUAUCUAUUCAGUUAAAAAUGUUCUAUGAAUCAAUUAAUGAGCCUCUAUUAAGUGAUAUUAUGUUUGACAAUUUACCGCCAUCUGUUCAGAUGACUCAGCUAUCUUUUCCAAUUUUCAUCAAGGGAUCAGAAAUAACCAUUGCUGGAAAAGGUCCUAUCGAGGACAAUACAAAACCAAUAAAGAUUUCAGCAACAGGUCAAGAAGGCUCCGUAGACUUGGACGCUAAAAUAAGAAAGCCUUUAAUACAACUGGAACGCAUAUGGGCACAUUUAACAAUCAAGCAACUAAUACAGCAAUCUUAUCUGACUAGUUUACAAAGUAAUCAGGCAGAAUUUAAGAAGAUAGCUCUUGAACUGGCACUGCAGUACAAUUUGGUCACGAACGUGACCUCGUUGAUUGUUGUGAAACCUAAUGAAAUUCUUACAAGUAAUAUAAAGGAUGCUUCGCAUGGUAUAUUUACGGAAUCUCCAAAUGAUUUACCUAUGUGCAACAACAUACCAAAUUGGGUGGCAUUGCGCUUUGGUACACCUGAACCUAUAUAUAUGAAGGUUGCAACAGAGAUGACGACUGAUGUAAUUACUACUAAUGAUGAUACUAUUGCUGCCACAAUCCAUGCCGUCGCUACUACUACUCCUGAUACUAUUACUACUUCUACUACUGAUGAUACUAUUGCUGCCACAAUCCUUGCCGUCGCUACUACUACUCCUGAUACAAUUAUUACUUCUACUACUGACAUUACUACCACCUCCACUACCGAUGAUGUUACUACUACUUCUACAACCGAUGAUUAUACAACUACUACUACCGAUGUUACUAGUACUUAUUCUACCGAUACUGUUUCUAGUACUGAUACUAUAAUUCUAACAACUGAGCAAAAUAUUCCUGUAGCUAAAGCCAAUAUUAUUACCAACAGACAGCCAACAGAGUUAACGCCAUUAAUUGAAGAAGUUCCUAUAAUUUACAGGAUUACGAAAACAUGUAGAGACAUGAGAUUUGGAUGUUGUCAUGAUGGAGUUACUCCAGCUGUGGGAAUCAACUUUUCAGGGUGUGACCCCAUUCCCAGAUCAGAGAGCUGUUCACUUCCAUUAAGUCCUGGAAAACCACUGAAGAAUGUACGCCGUGAAUGGGCUUAUAGUGUGAAAGAAGGCGAAUGUCGUACAUUCUGGUAUUAUGGAUCUGGGGGUAAUGAUAACCGUUUUGUCAAUCAAAGUGAUUGUCAAAGAACUUGUAUUAACGUCAUUGGUCCUGAUAGAUGUAAAUUACCUUUAUUUACCGGACCAUCCCAAAAAGCUUGCACAACCACACCAAAAGUACGUUGGUUUUAUGAUCAGAACAAAGACAAAUGUAUCAGUAAUACCUAUUUUGGAUGUUUUGGAAAUUCAAAUAGAUUUUCAACUGAAAGGGAAUGUCUAGAACUUUGUUCAUCUUCGUUUAAGAGAACACAACUGCAAAGAAAUAAAAAAACUUGCGAGGUGACGAAAUUUGGAUGCUGCCACGACAGAGUUACUCCAGCAAGAGGAUCCAACUACUCAGGAUGUGAUCCCAUACCAAGACCAGAGAGCUGUUCACUCAAAGCAGACAGAGGAAUACCGUGUUCACAUUCAUCACUGAAUUAUUCCACCCCUACAAAAUGGGCUUAUGUUAUGAGUGUAGGCGAGUGUCGCCAACUACACUACUUCGGUUGUGGGGGUAACGAUAACCGAUUCGCGUAUAAAAAGGAUUGCGAACUAGUGUGUGUCGAAGCUACUGGUUUUGAUAGAUGUAAAUUACCUAUAUUUCUUAAAUCAACAAAACCACUCUGCUCAGUCGCACCAACACAACGUUGGUUUUAUGAUCAGAAGCAAAACGAUUGUGUCCAACACGAGUAUUCUGGUUGUUUUGGUAAUACAAACAGAUUUUUAACUAAAAAGGAAUGUGAAGAAUGUAUAACGCCCACUAAUGAAGCAAUGCUGCACGAAUCCUGUUUGUUAAAAAUUGAAAUGGGGACUUGCACGAACUAUACCUCCAAAUGGGCAUUCAACAAGACCGAGGGCCGUUGCACACAUUUGUGGUAUGGAGGAUGCGGUGGAAACGCUAAUGCGUUUGAUUCCGUUGAGAGUUGUAAGCGAGUGUGUGUAAAUCCUUCUGAAAUAGAUCCACGUUAAGAUGAUGUAUCAACAAAAAUAAGCGCUGCACUUGGUAUUUCUUUAAGUGGAACUUUUUUUGUAUUUUAGUAAAAAUAAUAUAAUAAAUUUCACAUUAAAAUAA